AGUUAGCAAUAAUCAUGCUCUUAUCCUCUCAAAGCUACCACCGACCCAACUCCAUAUCACUUUGAUCACCGCUAUUGAUUCUACUGUUAAAAAUAGAAACUUGCAAGUUUCUUUCUUUCUCUAAUUCCGGCGCGAAAUCAAAAUUUUCCGGUGGGGGAAGGGAGUGUGAAGAGUCAAGAGAGAAGUAAAAAUGGAUGAAGAAAACAGAGAGGAAAGCAGCAGCAAUCAAACUUCAUGGAUUCCUCACACACCUCUCAAGCCAACUGGUCCGAUCUACACAAAUCGGUAUCAGGUGGCGGAAGGGAGAUUCGUUGGGAACAAAGACAUGAGUGGUCUUGAACAAUUUUCCUUCAGAGAGUUGCUGGCUUUGACCACCACUGAAUCAUCAGUGUUUUCCUCCGGACAGAGACAGACGAGGAUUGGUAAAAGGAAAAUGAUUUGUGGAGAAAUGUUGCAAAAAUGUGAUGAAGCAGUGGAGAUCCUAGGCACAGUGUGUAACAAUGUUGCUGAACAGAUCAAGACUCGGGAAAAGCCAAAGAGGAAGAAGCACAGGCCAAAAGUUGUUAAAGAAGCUAUACCGAAGAGAGAUCCCAAAACGCCGAGGAAACCUGCUGUUGAAGGUCAAGAAACCAAAACGCAUAAGAGGAAACAUGUGAGGAAGAAAGAAGAAGUUGAUAAGGAUCAAGAAUCGACGCCAGUUGAAGAAUCAGCUCCUGCCAAGAAAGUUUGUAGACGUGCCUUGGACUUUGAGGACGAGAGUUUCAAACCAGAAAACGGAGAAAACCAGUUGAACAGCAGCGAUACUAAACACAUAGAAUCAGCCGGCAGAGGAAAGCAGACAGAUUCCGGAAAUCAAGAAUCAAAAGAUUGGCUUGUUCCAUUCCCUAGCACGCCCAAAAGAAAUCAGAGCCAAAGUAAAAGAAUGGGAAAGGAACAAAAGAACAGUGGCGCAGAAAAAGGUAAAGGAACGUUUAGAGGAAGGCAGAGUUUUGAGUCAAAUGUUCGGCUGGAUAAGAUAGACAAACCGAUAAAGAAAGAAACUAGAGCCCAAGCUCGAUGCCGAAACUUGUCGUCUAUCAUUAAAGUUACAGACGUUUCAGAGAAGCUACAAGCAGGACGUUAUAAUAAACCACUGAAUAAUAAUAACGUUCUUGUUGAGAGGUGGGUGACCUGGAGCAAAAAGAAGCGAACCACUAAGUCUGAGAUAUCACAAACCAACCAGAUAACUCUUCACCCGAAUAUUGGCCGGUUUUCACCUUCAUUUGCUGGUCUUCCUCCAGAAGAAAUUUGGAAACAACUUCACUCGGUUGAAGCAAUAUGUGACCAGUUGGGUGUAUUAGAAAUCAACAGGGAGAAUAAAAUGAAUAGCACGGGAAACAAGAUUGUACUCUUCACCGGUGGUGCUGGAGCGAUCGUGCCUUCAAAUCCUGUCAAAAAGGGGCGUGCACGAGCAAAGGUUGAUCUAGACAACGAGACGCAUACUGUGUGGAAACUGCUAAUGGACAAUAUUGAUAGCCAAGGGGUUGAUGGAUCAGACGAGCAGAAGGCGAAAUGGUGGGAGGCGGAACGAAAUGUGUUUCGAGGACGAGCCGACUCAUUUAUAGCACGAAUGCAUCUUGUACAAGGGAAUCGACGUUUUACUCCCUGGAAAGGGUCUGUCGUCGAUUCUGUCGUUGGAGUGUUUCUGACUCAGAACGUCUCUGACCACCUAUCAAGUUCUGCUUUCAUGUCACUUGCUGCAGAGUUCCCUGCCCCGGCAGUACCCACCAGUAACUUUGACGUAGGAUCAAGCUCCAUGCCUUCUAUCCGAAUAACUUACUUGGACUCAGAGGAAUCGAUGUCAAACCCACACGUCCAUAACCAUGACACACAGCCUGAGGAGGAGAAGGAUUAUGCAAACAGGAAUGACACCUCUAGAAGAAGCAGUGAUAUUCCCAGCUCAGCUCAUGAAUCAGUUGGGAAAACCACGGACUCAAUGAUGCACAUUGAUUCAGAUCAAAAACGCUCAAGUUUAGAAGUUGAUAAGACAGAUCAAACGUACCUUGUCCAAGAAUUUUUUCCAUCGGAAGAUUCUGCAUCGGAAGACAGACUGGGUUCUGAUGAUCCUCAAAAUACAGAGAGAGCAGGAUCAAGCUCAGAGAUCAACUCAAAAGGAGAGCAUUCUAUUUCCUAUAUGAAGCUCCUACAGUCGCUAGGGUCUGCUCAGGUACAAGGCAAAGGAAGAGAUAUUACCACAUCUGAUACAGUCUCAGUAGAAGAGUCCAAUCAGAAGAAUCAGUAUGACAAUUCAAGGCAAGAAUUUGGGGUUUCAAGCAAUCAUGGAAGCUUACAAGUAUCACCAAAUACGUCUCCUGGUGAUUAUAGCUCACAAGUUAAGGAUUUCGAAUCACUGAAAGGGCACACAAAGUCUUCUGAUGACAGUAAUGAACCCUUUUGUUGUUUGGAGGAUGUUUUGAAAUGUCAGAGACCUGAGUGGCCUGAAAGCUCUAGCAGCGUUCCGUCGACAAAACACAAAGAAGGGCUUGUAACAGAGACUUUGAUUCCAGAUGGAAGCACGAGUUGUAUUCAUGUCCAAGGAGGCACAGAAAAAACACCAGGACAUGAAUCGUGCAAAGAUCUCAAUCCAAUGGAUAAGGCUUCAUUAAAAGCAAAAGGAAAAAAGGCCUCAGUAAAAGCAAAAGGAAAAAAGGUUUUAAAUGAGGAGAAAGAAGGGUUUGAUUGGGAUAGUUUAAGAAGAGAAGCAGAAGGUAGAGCAGGAAAAAGAGAAAAAACAACAAGGACGAUGGACACUGUGGACUGGGAGGCAGUAAGAAAAGCUGAUGUUAGUGAAGUUGCUGAGACAAUCAAGAGCCGUGGAAUGAACCAUAUGCUCGCGGAACGUAUACAGGCCUUCCUUAAUCGUCUGGUAAAAGAUCAUGGAAGCAUUGAUCUGGAAUGGUUGAGAGACGUUCCACCUGACCAAGCAAAAGAAUAUCUUUUGAGCUUUCGAGGAUUGGGACUAAAAAGUGUGGAAUGUGUGCGGCUUCUUACGCUGCACCAAGUUGCCUUUCCAGUUGAUACGAAUGUUGGGCGCAUAGCCGUUAGACUUGGAUGGGUACCUCUUCAGCCGCUCCCGGAGUCACUUCAGUUGCAUCUUCUAGAAAUGUAUCCGGUGCUUGAAUCCAUUCAAAAGUAUCUAUGGCCACGUUUAUGCAAAUUCGACCAAAAAACUUUGUAUGAAUUGCACUAUCAAAUGAUUACUUUUGGAAAGGUCUUUUGCACAAAAAGCAAACCUAAUUGCAAUGCAUGUCCGAUGAGAGGUGAAUGCAGACAUUUUGCUAGUGCGUUUGCAAGUGGAAGACUUGCUUUACCCGGUCCAGAGAAAGGCAUGAGGACACCGAAUAAAAACCCUUUGGCUCUAGAGACAUUGCAGAGAAAGCAAGGGUCACAAGUAGUAAUGCAUUCAGAACCAGCAAGCAAGACCACAUGUUGUGAACCAAUUAUCGAAGAACCGUCUUCCCCGGAAUGCGAACAAGUAUCAAUAGCUGACGUAGAGGAUGCAUUUUACGAGGAUGAUGAAGAGAUUCCUACAAUCAAGCUGAAUCUGGAUACAUUCACCAAUAACUUGAAGAAAGUUAUAGAACACAGCAGAGAACUACAAGAUGUAGACAUGUCUAAAGCUCUAGUUGAAGCUGCAGCUACUCCAAUGCCUAGGCUCAAGAAUGUCGGUAGGCUGAGGACAGAACACCAAGUUUAUGAACUUGAAGACUCGCAUCCUCUUCUCGCUGAGCUGGAGAAGAGAGAACCUGAUGAUCCAUGUUCUUAUUUGCUAGCCAUUUGGACACCAGAAGCAAGAUCACAGUUCGUGAGAGGCACAAUCUUGAUACCCUGCAAAACGGCAAUGAGGGGUAGCUUCCCACUCAAUGGGACCUACUUUCAGACAAAUGAGGUUUUUGCGGAUCAUGCUUCUAGUUUAAUCCCCAUCAGUGUUCCAAGGGAAUGGCUAUGGAACUUACCUAGAAGAACGGUAUAUUUUGGAACAUCAGUACAAUCAAUAUUCAAAGAUAUGCCAACCCAAACAGUUCAGCAUGCUUUCUUGAAAGGGUAUGUAUGUGUGAGAGGAUUCGACCGAAAGACGAGAGGAGCGAAACCCUUGAUAGCCAGAUUGCACUUUUCGGAAGGCGGGAAAGUGUAGUCCUUUUUUGUUCAUGCGAUUUUGGUUGUGUGAUGAUCUAGAUUUUGAUACAUAAUA